CACGACUGACAGUGAUAACACUGCCAAAAAAAAAAAAAAAACUACUGUAAACAGCCCAUGGCGUUAACUGUGAACUGGUGGACUCUGGUGUUGAGCGCCUGUCUUGUGCCGAUGGUUCGCGCUGAAUGCGGCAGAGACUGCGCGCUCUGUGUUUACCGGCUGCUCCGUCAACAGACAGAGAUCGACACACUGACCUGCUCAUUACAGUGUGAAGGGACAGUGGACUCUAGACAAAUAGAAAUCUGCAAAAACAUCCUCAGUGAAAAGGAUCGCCUUGCAAUGGACAACCUCAAACGAGAGGAAGAGAGUGCAGACCAUCUUCUUGCCAAAAAAUAUGGUGGAUUCAUGAAGCGUUAUGGGGGCUUAAUGACUAAGAAAGCAGCAGAGAUCAGCACGGGAGCCCCAGCUGAGAGUCACCUCACAGAGGCCAUUAGUAAGAAAUAUGGAGGUUUUAUGAAGAAGGACAAGGCAGAAGGUGGAGCAGAAGACCAACAGGUGGAGCUGCUGAGAGAGAUCCUCAGGGUCGGUCUCACCUCAGAGUCAGAUGAGCAGCAUGAUGAGGACAUGGUCAAGCACUAUGGGGGAUUCAUGAGGAGUGUACAGGGGAACAGUGGUCUAGGGGAGGCAGGGAGAGACCUGCACAAGAGAUAUGGGGGGUUUAUGCGCAGAGUGGGCAGGCCUGACUGGUUGGACAACCAGAAAAGCAAUGGGUUUCUGAAACGCACUUGGGAGGAUGGAGGCGAGAAUGCCCUGCCCAACAUGCAGAAGAGAUAUGGCAGAUUCAUGGAUUAGAAUUUAAACACGGACGCCCAUCCUAGACAUUCUGUUCCUACUUUGUGUAGAGCUUGCACUGUAUUGUACUUGCACUGUAAUUUCAUGUGAAGCCAUUUUUAAUUAUUAUUUUUUUUUGUCUGCUGAAUAUUCCUCCAUAAUGUACAGUGUGCAUCUGUGUUCUCAGUGACUAGGGUUUGUGUUAAAAAAAAAAAAAAAAUGGGAAUAAAUUAUUUUCCCAUUCUCUGUGUUUACAGUGGAAUCACCCAUCAGAUGGAACACCAUGAAUUAAAAAUACUUGUAACAUUGCUCACAUUGUUUCACAUUGCAUUGUUCUCUGAGAAUCUCAUCACAUUACCUAGUGUGGUUCGCUCAUUGCAGAUGAGGUUAAGUCUGCUGUCUGCACUUGAUAUGUUAAUGAUUAAUGCAUUUCUUUUAACAACUUUUCAACAGCUUUUGUUCUUGUUUAAAUCAGAGCAACAUUUCUGAGCUAUUAGCUGUACAGAAUACAAUAAAUUCAUCUUACUGCAUAAGUAAAA